GCCCAAACAAGCCUCUCACCGCUCCCAUCUCCUCCAUCUACACAAGUCCCUUGCCUUCAUUUUUCCGGCUGACCAAGAAAUUAAAUAAGUUUUGGGUGAGAAAAAAAUCGCUGAAAGCAUAUUUCGAACCUUCAACAGAAGCCAUUGGAAGAUGAGUGGCGGGGGUGGUUUAAAACGCAUGUUGGCCUCGGCUGUUGUAGUUGGGGUCAGUGAAGCUCGAGGUAGAAUAUUCGGACACAUGCUUAACCCGGCGGGGCAGAUUUCAGCCCAUAAGAUUUUACGCAAAAAGCUCAUCGGCGACAAGGUUGCGGAAUGGUACCCAUACGACAUCAAGAAUGAUGAUCCGCGUGUCAUGGCUCGGGGAGAAGAAGAGCGCCGAUUGAAGCUUGAAAUGUUGAAGAGACGUGGUAAGGGACCACCGAAGAAAGGCCAAGGAAGGCGUGCUGUUAAACGCAACAAGUAGAGGUAAUCGGUUCUGCACAUCAAAUGGUUUAUGUUUUGACUUCAUAAAUGGAUAUCUUCUUGGACAGUUCGUUGCCAUGUGCUAAUCAAAAUCACUUGAACCGAGAAUAAAUUGAACUCAACAAAUAUGGAAUUGGAUCACUCUUUGGAUUUUAGAUUGUAGAUGAAAUUGUUGAGAUAGGGAUUUAAAUCGUGGUCCCAUUUUCGGUAAUGGGUUGCGAUCAUUGCAUGUAUCACUGUUAUGAGAUAAAGAAUUUGGACGGGUACCUACACCGUUAUAUAACGGUUGCAAUUCCGAUGGCGACCGCCAUUUAUACCCGUGGUUGAGAGGAAGGGAUGAAUUCGAAUUUGUUUAUGGAUCA